AUGAACUCUGCUCUGAAAAUACACCACGCAAGAGGAGCCGUUACACGAACACUCAUAAACGACUUCUUCAGCCCUUUUGGAACAAUUCGAAAGGUGACUUUGCCGAAUAGGUCUGCGGACUUCGCGAUUGUCGAAUUUACAACGGAACUUUCAGCCAAGAAUGCGAUGAGGGAGUUAGACGGGACUACGCUGAAAAACAUAAAAAAAAGAAACAAAGUCUCCAGGAAUGCUUCAAGCGAGUUUAUUUGGAGCAUAUCGCAGUUAGGCGAAGAGUAUCUGUGGGAGGAGGACAGUAACGACAGGACCAAACUGGAGAAGGAAAUAGUUCGGAAGAAAGUCAGGAAUAUGCAGUACAUUGAGUCUCUAGGAAGUAGCCUCCCCGCGAAAGAGGUUAGGCAGAGGCCUGUUGUGAGAAAUAUGCCCGUGAAUUUAGAGGAGUAG